AUGCCAUUUUUGUUCAGCAUUGCCAAAAGCAAUCAAGAGAAUGAAAAGGGGAGAGAAGAUGCCUUUGGUGUGGAGGGGAGGGAUUCAAACAAUGGAUUUCAUUCUGUCCUUCCAAGUUCUGUGCUAAACAUUGAUCUCGAGUUGGUGUCUUUCAAGCCUGUUAUUGAUGUUACUGGUGAUGCCAAGGUAAUAAAGAAGGUCAUGAAAGAAGGGGAAGGUGCGUGGGUUGCUAAUGAAAGUGCAAGUGUUACUAGUAAGUUUAUUGAGAUGCAUAUUAUUUUAGCAAUAUUACUAGGAUCAGUUGGGAUCCUGUGA